UAUAUAUGCAUGGACAGGUAAGCAGACGCCGUCUCCAGGAAAGGCCGUGCUGCUACCUGCGCUCAAAGGCUAAAUAUAUCGCCGAGAGGAUGAUCAUACGGGCAUAAACCUCAGAAGCUAGCGCUGAUUAGAAGGGUGGAGGGCCAAUGGCGUGGUAUCUGUCAGACAAGCAAUAUAUCGGGCUGGUGGAGACUUGCGCGGUUUGCUUUAUCCCCCUCGCUGCUGCCAGUAGCGUACUUCAUCGCCCGAGCACAGGCAUCUACCAAGCGCCACCGUUUGAGAAACAGUCUCAUGCUCGAUGUGGUGGAAUGCACAAGCUUUGCGAAAUCGAGGUGAUAAGGUAGCCGAUACUGCAAUACUUGUGGGGUUGCGCCGUAUUGCAUGUAGAGUGCUCCGGCGGCCAACCCUGCUUGCAGGGCGGCAACCAACCAGGACGAAGUCGGGCUCAGCAGCAACGCCAGUGAAUGCCGCUCAGAGCCGGGGUUUCUCACGUCUCCAGUACAUUUCCA